CGUGUACCAAAGAUCGUAUUUAUUGCAUGAGCUGCGACAAUCUAUCCUGCUGCGCUACAACAAGUUGAGUACAAUUUUGUACAUUUCAUGCCCCGCUAGUAACCUAUGAUGGCGGACAAUGAGGAGGAUUCGGGACUGUUUGGAAGUGACAGUGGCGACGACGAUCAGGAGGAGGCAGGGUCAGAAAUGGAGCACAGUGAUCAGAGUCACCAUUCAGGGAGUGAGCAGUCCGGAGAAGAGGAUGGCAGAAACAGAUCAGAUGAGGAAGAGGAAGGGGAAGAAGAGAUGGAAGAAGAAGGUGAAGAGCAUCUCUCAGGAGCAGAAGAGCAAUCAGAUGGAGGUGAGGAUGGUAGAGAGGUUGAGGAGGACAGGGAAAAUGAAGAGGACGAUGAAGUUGUUGAACAGGCAGCGGAUGGGAUGGAAGAUCAAUCGGGAGACGAAGUUGGUAAGGACUCCGAACCAGAAGCCGUGGAAGAUUCAGAGCACGAAGCCAGGGAAGAUUCGGAUCCAGACGCCCGAGUUGAGUCGGACCAAGAAGCUGGCAUGGACUCUGAGCAGGAGGUUAGGGAGGACUCAGACCAAGAAGCUCGGGAGGAUUCAGAUCAGGAGGAGGAGCGUGCGGAGGCAGAUAGAUCGGGAGAAGAGGAUCAGGCUGCCCAGUCAGACCAGGAUCAGGAGGUUGCAGGUGAUGAAUCCGGGGAAGAUGAUGUCUACCAGAAAGGCGGAGAUGGGGAAGGAGACCAAGAAUCGGUGCGAGACGAAGAUGAGGAUGAAGGAGAGGACCACCUUGGUGGGGCAUUGGAGGUCGAUGAGAACGAUGCCACGAAAGAAGGACGUAGUGAUGAGGAGAUGAUUGAACAAGAGUCGCAGGAUGAGGAGCAUCCGGAUGUCGAUGAAGCAUCCGACAGAGAAGAUGUCGAUGAAGAAGACGAAACAGAACAUGGAGCAGAAGAUGUCGAAGAGAAAGUGGACGAUGAAAACCAACACGAUGAGCAAGGAGAUGAAAGGCAGCUGCCAGAGGAAGACGAAGAUGGAGACAAUGAUGCGGUUGCUAGGCAAUCAGGAGAGGAGGAGAGAGGGGAAGUAUCUGGUGAAGAGGCUGAGAAUAAUGAGGAGGCAGGUCAGCAGAGUGAAAAAGAGGAAGAUGGAAUACCGUCUGAUCAGGAGAAACAGACAAGAGAUGAUGGUCUUGAUAGUGAAGAUGAAGAUGAUUUCAUCGGGAGACGCAAACCCAAGAAGAAGCAGACAACAGGGAGCGAUGAGGAAAGUGACCAAGGCUCGGAGGUAGGAGGAGAGCCAAUGGAUGCAGGUGCAGCAUCCCAGGAGGCACUGUUCGGUGAAGCGGAUGACAUCUCAGACAGUGAGGAUGAUUUAGAUGCCGUUGUUGACCAGCUGGCUGGCGGAACCCAAGAAGAUGUCGAAAGGGAUGAAACAGAGGCCGCAGAAAUGGAGGAGACUGAGAGACGUGAGGAUGACGAUGAGGACGCAGCGCCACAAGAGGUUCCUGAAGACACCAGGAUAGAUGUAGAGCUUCCUAGACUGAUGUCUGAUCUGGGAGACGAACUCCACUUUGUCAAACUGCCCAACUUUCUCAGUGUUGAAACAAGACCGUUUGACCAAGCAUUCUAUGAGGAAGAGAUGGACGAAGAUGACGUCUUGGAUGAAGAAGGAAGGACAAGACUCAAACUCAAGGUUGAGAACACAAUCCGUUGGCGGAAGAGACUUGAUGCUGAAGGAAAUGAGAUGGAUAGAGAGAGCAACUCUAGAGUUGUCAGGUGGUCAGAUGGAAGCAUGUCGUUGCAUCUUGGCAAGGAAGUCUUUGAUAUCUACAAGACCACCAUACAGGGUGACCACAACCACAUGUUCAUCAGGCAAGGCACGGGAUUGCAGGGACAAACGGUCUUCAAGACAAAACUCACAUUCAGACCGCAUUCCACAGACAGUGCAACCCACAGGAAGAUGACGUUAUCUCUGGCCGAUCGUUGCUCCAAGACCCAGAAGAUCAGAGUCCUACCCAUGGCAGGCAAAGACCCUGAAACACAGCGAGCUGAAAAGCUAAAGCAAGAAGAGGACAGACUGCGUUCGCAGAUACGCAGAGAGAGCGCCCAGCGUCGCGUGCGGGAGAGGGCGCACAACCGAGGCCUGAGCGCGUCUUACCUGGAGCCAGACCGAGAGGACGAGUUUGACGAUGACGAUGAGGGGACUAUCAGCCUUUCAGCCAUCAAGAAGGGUGUCAAAAACACCAUGGGCAAAACCGACAGACAUCACAUUUACUCUUCGGAUGAGGACGAGUCAGAUAAGGAGGACAAACUCCUGAAGGCAAAGACCUUGAAUCUGGACAGCGAUGAGUCUGAUGAGGAUGAGCCCAGCAGAAAGCGCAAGUCCGAGGAGGAAGAGGGUUCCCGCAAGAAGAAACGAGCCGUGGUCGUCAGCGAUGAUGAGGAAGAAGAUGAAGAGGCGGCUGACUGAUGGAUGAAGACCUCUCUGAGUGACCAAUCUCCAAUAAUGAAAAACAAAUAGUCACUUCUUGUCCCUGUAAGUGACAGUACUGGACAGAACUGAAAUCCUGUUGUUUUUUAAAGCAACAUAAUUUAAAAGCUGGUCCCAAUUUUCAGGGCGCUGCAAAGCACACUCACUGUGGAGCUGUGCCAUUUUUUGCCUGUAUUUUUUUAAGCGGUGCCAUAAUUGGGCUUUGGAACAGUGCCAAGCAAGUGUCAGAAUCACCAGUUGACCAUAUGAACAUUGACUUACAUAAGUUACCAGCCAUCCAGUUACCUCGAUGUUGGUCGAGAUGAUACUGUAUUAAUUCUACUCAGCAAAAUCUUAACCCAAUUUGUAUUGAGAACCGUCUUGUUAUAAAUGCUGUUUUAUCAGUAAUGCAGUUGCUUUAUACAUAAUGCAGUUGCUUUAUACUGAUUGGCUAAACAAGCAGACAUCAUGUACAUGUAUAUAAGGUUACGUGUCAAGUGCAUUUUCUUUGUUUUUAGAACUUAAAAUUGAAUAAAAUGUCUCUGUGGUUUUAAAGUGAAAUGUUGUCUUUUUGUUUUACUUGAAUUUUCUUUAGACAUUUUUUAUGCUAUAUGACGACAAUUACACCUUUACACAAAUUUGUUUUUCAAAAUCACAAAGCAUCAUCAAAACAUGAUAAAAUGCAGGUAUACAUACAGAAAGAGAGCCACAGUCGAGUUUCAUUCAAUU